CAAUAUAAACGUCAAAUAACAAAUAAAUCGCCGUUAACUUCCCGCGAGAAACUGGAAGUUAUAGUUUUCGUCGUCCCCCGUCGUCUAGGAAUCUCGGAUUCGUCUCAACCGAGAUGGGGAAACAUGACCGUGAAAUAUGCAUUCAAAAUAUCGCAGAUAUUUUAAUUAUGGAGGCGUCCGUGUAUAGAUAUCGCAGUCGGUCUAAUAUGGCAUCUGAAUGGGCAAAAUCAGUCUCAGCCGAUCAACUUUUAAAAUCCAACAACAAUAAAUCGGCUUUUUAGCUUCUUAGAGGUUAUUUUAAAAAGAAACCUGAGAUUGGUCAUCAUAUGUCAAACAGCUUAAACUCUCUUCGCAAAAGAAAAGAGCACAAGACCACAUUAGAUCUGCUUUCUUACUCAAAGAAUUUCAACCUGAGAUUUGUAUUAUUUCGCCAAGGAAUCAACUACCAAUGGUAGACUAAAAACAAAAAACUGGUAAUAUUUUCCUCUGCAGUUUGGUAGAUCAUAACCACCAAGCUCACCACCUUCUCAAGCAAAACCCCCAAAAAAGAAGCAACAGAAAAUACCCAAAGAACAACUUCCCUUCACUUCCACUCAAAUGCCCAACAACAACAACAACAACUCAUAAAUUGAUCAAAGCCUCAACAAAUGAACCAUUACCAUCUUGAUCAGAUGCUCAACAAAAAAUGCCUUCAAAGCGCUUGCAACUUCUCCUUCUCAGAUCCCCAACAAUGCCUUCAAGGAAAUUCCAGUUCCCGCUUCUCAUCUUCUUCUUCAUCCUCUCUGCUCUCUCCCUCCUCAGACUCCUCAGAAUCACUUUCAAAACCUCCUCAAAGACGCCCUUUCCUCCUACCAUCCACCCCAAACCCCUUCUAACUUGCACCAACCUCCCUCCCAACAUCUCACAUACACUGAUCACCCACCAAAGCUCUUCAUUGCCAUAUGCCCAUGGUCAGCUCACACACAAGGAGCUCUGCUUCCUCCUCACGCUCAUAUCCACCAGGACACCCAUGAACCUCCUCGUCUUCGGCAUGCGGCACCAGGCCCCCCUUCUCGCGGCCCUAAACUCCGGCGGGCAGACCGUCUUCCUCGAAGAGAUGUCGAGCGUCGAGGUGGCGAGGUUGAGGUUUCAGGGGCUGCGGAUCCACAAGGUCGAGCACGGCCAGCUGGUCGCGGAAGCAUAUGAUUUGCUCCGGCGCGCGAGGGGCAGGGCGGCGUGUGGCUUCCGCGGCACACUCCGUGACUCAGAGUGCGAAUUGGCCAUGAGGGGGCUGCCGAGGGAGGUGUAUAAGCGGAAAUGGGACAUGGUGGUCGUGGAUGGGCCGGACGGCAGCCGGCUGGACGCCGCCGGUAGGAUGGCGGCCAUAUACAGUGCAGGGGUGCUGGCGAGGAUGGGGAGUAACUUGACCAAGGUGACGGACAUUGUUGUUCAUGAUGUUGAUCGGACGGUGGAGAGGUGGUACUCUUGGGAGUUCCUUUGUGAGGAGAACCUGGCCUCUGCUAAGGGAAGGUUCUGGCAUUUCCGGAUUAAGGCCUCGGUUUCAAGUGUCUUCUGCUCAAAUUCUGAUGCCCAUGCAGAUCAUUAGUAAACUAAGCGUAAUCUACGUAUUAGAUUAGACACUUUCCAAUGUUGCCUAUUUACUUAAUCUCAAACUAGAAAUGUACAAACAUCUACUACCAUCAACGUUUACUUGUGUACUUAAUCUCAAACUAGAAAUGUACAAACAUCUACUGCCAACAACGUUUAUUUACUUA